AUGGGUCAGAUCAGUAAUUGCAAGCGGAUGGCGGCGGCGGCGGCGGCGGCGGCGGCGGCGGCGGCGGUGGUCGUGUCACAGGGGCUGCGAUUAAAAAUACAGUUUCCCCCAAAAUCCUUCCGCCGCUUCAUUUCCGUCUCUCGCCCUCCGUCCACCGCCACCGACUCCCCGCUCUCCUCCCCCCUUCCUUGGUGCCGCAACCCCCUUUCCCUGGCUGAUCCCCGCCCCGUCGCCCUUCCUCCAUCCCGACUGCCAUUCCAGUGCCCCAAAGGCCGGCGCCUUCGUGGAAGAGUCACUCCCCCCGCCCUCGUCACUGUAGAGCGCUUGUACGAAGGCACGGAAGAACGAAUCCUCGGCGGCGGAAAGCGGCCAGAGGGACUCGCUCUCUAUGAACAUACGCAUAUGCCUCAGCUCUAUGAACUGAAGCCAUACAACAUACCCAUCAACAACUGGAUUCCUACAGCACUCAGAUUCCAUCCCUAGAAAGCCACCCCGGGUCCAGAAUGAGUUCUGCGAGAGACCGAAGGCAACAAGACGCCGCGGAAAAUCGGAGGGCCUGGUUCGACCCUAUAUUCGACCCUAUGGACGCGCUAAUGAGCGACCAACCAGAUGACACGGAUGACGAAACUGAGGAGGAAACCGAAGAGGAGUUGGACGUCUGGGAGGAGAGCCGCAAUAGCUCUUUGCGCGAACUCAGUCGAUUGUCGCGCUUCAUCACCAUAAAGCUCGUCGUGGUGUGCAUUCUGAUUGCCACAAGCUUUGGGCGAGAUUUCCUUGCCGACAAUUCGCCGUACAUCUCAGAUAUGAUGGGCUGGAGCACUCCGCAGUGCGAAUUCCAGGUCCCGGCUACGAGUAGGUUGCGCGUUGCUAAGUUCAACGCCAAUGAGGUUAUCCAUUCCGCAAGUAUCAACGGGAGCUACGACGUACAACUUUCAAAUCCGAACACGUCAUCGAUCUAUCCUGUUCGCGAAGUGGAGCAGCCGAACGUCCUCUCCGACGAAUUCAAAGUCUUAGUAUGUGCUGCCGGCACCGAGUUCAACUCGACAGGCCUGAAUGCAAGUGAACUACCUCCGUUGAUUAACUUCCCGCUGGACAAGAACACUUCGCCUGACACCCCGAAUGCUUCGGUUGCUUCGCCCCAGCGAGAAAGUGACC